AUGUUUGAAAGUCUUAAUGUGAAUGCUGAUGACAUAACAGACGACUGCAAUGACAUGUCUGGCACUGAGUCAAACGAUUCUGGUAACAGUAGUCUAUUUCAAAUGUUAGUUGAUUAGGGUUAUUGUAUAUUAAGUGUACACUGUAUGUUGCAUUGGGGAUCUUUAACUUGAAUAUAUCCACACAUACAGAUGUGAAGUCCAUGUAAUAGUUAUAAAAUGAUUUUGGUUUACAAAAUUGUAUACAUUCAUACCUUCAAUCAUAUCCUUUUCAAAAAUUAACACAUUGAACUGUGAUGUGCCCUAAUGUAAUGCACUUUACUUUUGUAGUGUGUCUAAUCCCAGACAAUUUUAAUUAUCAAGGAAGAAGUUGGGUGUUAAUGCACUUCAGCAUUACCUUUGUAAUUAAAAUUGUAUGGGAUUUAGUCACAUAAAAGUUUUAAAAUUGCAUUGCUUUUGGACAUUGUCAUAAGAAUAACAUUUUCCAGGCAUGCAUAUGCAUAUACCUGUACAUAUAUUAUUUGUAAUACUCUAAUAAUCAUAAAUAUUUACACAGUUAUAUAUAGUAAAACAAUAUCUAUAAACUUUGAUAUAUAAUAUACAUAUUUACCUAGAAAGGAGUUGUGCAUUUACAACAUCUUUCAACUUCACUAUAAUAGGUUUACCCAUUGUUUCUCAAUAUACCUUUUUUAAUUAACCCAUUGAGUGGCAGCACUCUCCCCUUAUGAGUAAAAUCGUCUGGCGUUAGGCAGAGUAAAAUAAUAAAGUAGGGCCCAUUGCCACUCAAAGGGUUAAUGAUGUCAAAUGCGGAUAUGCACUUUAUGUUCAAAGGAUUUGUAUUGCAAAAUGUUCUCAAUAUAUAAUAUUUAAAUCCGACUUACAAGGACUGGACUAGAUUUCAAGUAUGUGCAAUUUGAUCCAGUCCAAGGCAAUUUGGUCCAGUCCUAGAAGGCUGGGUCAAAUUGCAAGGACUUGAAAUCCAGUCCAAAUUGGAUGGAAGAUUUGGAAUAACAUCUCAAACUCAUUAAUAAGUCAUGAGUAAAUUAGUCCAUAUUGCUUUAUUUUGCUUGCAUGAUAAUACUGGAUACCUGGUGAAGUAUAUUGAUCUAGUCUUAGGACUUGCUUUAAAACAAGAGCAAAAUAAGGGUGGUGGGAAGCUACCUGUGGACGGUGCUAAAGAAACAACAGCUACCUAUGUGUUCACUGAAAUGAAGACAUCUGUUAUUACAAACUGCCAUAGCAACUGUUAUCAAUAGUGAAGACCCAGAGAAAUCCAUUCAAGCAACAAUAAUUUUUGACAGCGAUAGUCAGAGGUCAUAUGUUACCCGUCACAUCAAAGAAUCAUUAAAUCUACCAACAAUUAAGAAAGAAACUCUCAUGAUAAAAACGUUUGGUUCAAGUGUUGGUCAGCUUCAAAUGCACAAUCUUGUGCAACUCACGGUGAAAGGAGAAGACUCCAAUCAUAUUGUUCAGCUUAAUGCAUUUGCUAUAUCGACAAUUUGCUCACCAUUAAUUUAA